AUGGACGACCUGGACUACAUCCCAGUAGACCUGAGCCCAGAGGAGCGCGCUGAGCUUGAGGACAUUCGCAGGAGGAAAGGAGUCCUGCUGCAGGAGAUCCAGAGGCUCCGAGAGGAGCUCCGAGAGGCCAUUUUAGAAGUGGAAGGACUUGAGACCAGCACAGAGGGCAGUAAAACUCUACAGAAGAGUAGACAUGUGGCAAUGGGCCGCAAGAAAUUCAACAUGGACCCCAAAAAGGGUAUUGUGUUUUUGGUUGAAAAUGACCUGCUCAGACACACAUCUGAAGACAUUGCUCAGUUCCUGUACAAAGGUGAAGGUCUCAACAAAACAGCAAUAGGAGAUUACCUCGGAGAAAGGGAUGAUUUCAAUAUAAAAGUUCUACAGGCUUUUGUUGAUCUGCAUGAAUUCACUGAUCUUAACCUUGUCCAAGCCUUGAGGCAGUUUCUGUGGAGCUUCCGUUUGCCUGGUGAAGCCCAAAAGAUUGAUCGAAUGAUGGAAGCUUUUGCCCAGAGAUAUUGUCAUUGCAACCCAGGUGUCUUCCAGAGCACAGACACAUGCUACGUGUUGUCGUUUUCAAUCAUUAUGCUGAAUACGAGUCUUCACAACCCAAAUGUGAGGGACAAGCCUGGAGUGGACCGCUUCAUCACCAUGAAUCGAGGCAUCAAUGAGGGUGGCGACCUGCCGGAGGAUCUGCUGAGAAAUCUUUAUGAAAGUAUUAAGAAUGAGCCCUUUAAAAUACCAGAGGACGAUGGAAAUGACUUGACGCACACAUUUUUUAACCCGGACAGAGAAGGCUGGCUUCUCAAACUCGGGGGACGCGUAAAAACAUGGAAAAGACGAUGGUUUAUUCUUACAGAUAACUGUCUAUAUUACUUCGAAUACACCACAGACAAAGAACCCAGGGGAAUUAUUCCUUUGGAAAACCUCAGCAUACGUGAAGUGGAGGAUCCAAGAAAACCGAAUUGCUUUGAGCUGUACAUCCCGAACAACCGUGGGCAGCUCAUUAAGGCGUGUAAAACUGAGGCGGAUGGAAGAGUAGUGGAAGGUAAUCAUAUGGUUUACCGCAUUUCUGCUCCGACACCAGAAGAAAAGGACGAAUGGAUCCACAGCAUCAAAUCUGCCGUCAGCGUGGAUCCUUUCUAUGAGAUGCUUGCUGCGAGAAAGAAGCGGAUUUCACUGAAGAAAAAAGAGGAGCAGCCAUAA